CCAUUCAAUACAGAGUGUAUAUCAAGAAACACAUUCUUCAUGGCGACAGACACCCCCGCCACAGACAUCGUCCUGUACGACAUUGCCUUCCGCCAGCCAUUCUCCGCUUCAUCAAGUGCUCCCAACCCAUGGAAAGCCCGCUACGCGCUCAACUUCAAGGGAAUCCCAUACAGGACCGAAUGGGUCGAUAUGCUGGAGAUUCCCGACGUCCGGCGGCGCCUGGAAGUCCCCGCAGCCCGCAAGCAUCGCGAUGGGAGCGACUACUACACGCUCCCCGUACUGGUGGACAACACAACAGGCACUAAAGUAGGCGACUCAUUCGACAUAGCCGUGUACCUGUCCGAAACGUAUCCCGACACAGGAGAAGCAGGGGAUCUGUUCCCCGUGCAGUCGCUGGACUUUGCCUGCUCGAGCGAACUGGCGAUCUUUGCACCCCCUCUCUCAGAGCGCGCCGAGGGGGUCGACAAGGGUGUCAUCCGCGAUUAUGCGCACUUCAAUCGCAACGUCGAUGCCGUCUUCUCCGCGCACAGUGCGCUCAUGGGUUCCGGGAUGCAGUUCGACCCCGCCAGGGCGCCGUUGAUACGCGCAGAGUUCGAGCGGCGGGCGGGCAUGCGGUGGGAAGACAUGAUGGUCCAUGCAGGGCCGCGGGAGAAGAUCCUCGCGUCGCUCUGUGAGGCGCUGGCUCCCUUGGCGGAGCUGUUUCAAAGGGAUCAUAGUGGUCCCUUUUUGCUUGGGCGGCGGGCGAGUCAUGCAGAUUUUAUAGUCGGUGGGUGGUUGAGAAUGCAGAGUGUUACGCUUCCUGACGAGGAGUGGGCACAGGUGAAGUCAUGGCAUGGGGGUGUUUUUGCAAAGUUGCAUGAUGCGCUGCAGAAGCUUAGCGAGGGGGUGAUUAGAGCCAGCUCUAAUAGAUAA